GCAGGGGGUGGAUAGAGUUUGGGAUCAGCCUUCGCCGCCCGUCUGGUUUUCAUUAGUCAGCCCGGCUCGGCCAAGAACCACAGCAAUAAAUAAAGGCGAACAAUGCCAGCCCCCUCCCUGCAGCCACCCCCAUCUUGCCGCUCGGCCCCAGGAUGCAGCCGGGUGUCUGGGAAAGGGGGCUCCGGCCACGGCCGAGCGGGACAGGCCGGGGAGAGUGAAUGGGGCUGGCGGGGGGAAGCGGGACGGAGGGGAGGGGACCCGAGAGCAUAAGAGGGAAGGCAGGGCCGACGGCGGCGAGCAGAAGCAGUGACAGCCCCCGGCAGCACGGGCAUGGCGAGGCUGGCCCCCCGCAAGCCCCCUAGCCGCCGGGGUUUCGCCAUCCUUUGGGGGGACCACGUCUUCCUCCUGGGGCUGCUGCUUUUCCCCGGGCAGGGGGCUGCUGCUGGGCCACGAGGCCCGGCGUCCCAUGGGGAGCGGGUGACCCCGCACUGGCUCCUGGGGGGCCGCACCCGGCGAGCUGUCAGCCUGGACGAGCAGGAGCCGGCGCCGGCGCGGGCAGAGGUGGCCGUGAUGGCUGAGGGCAGAGAGCUCGUCCUGGUGCUGGAGAGGAACGAGCUGCUGGCACCGGGUUACACCGAGACACACUACACCACGGACGGGCAGCCCGUGACGGUGGCUCCCAACCACACGGACCACUGCUACUACCACGGGCACGUGCGGGGCUACAGGAGCUCCUGGGUCGUCCUCAGCACCUGCUCGGGAAUUCGGGGCCUGAUCGUGGUGAGCAGCAACGACAGCUACUACCUGCACCCCCUGGGGACCCCUGAGCCGGGCCAGCACCUCCUCCUCCGAGCGGAGCACCUCCCCAUCGCAGGGGGCACCUGCGCCCACGGCGACGACUUCGGGAGCACCGUGGGUGCCAUCGCCCGGCUCUUCAGGCCGGCGGAGCGCCGGGCAAAGAGAGAUGCCUGGAGGACCAUGAAGUACAUGGAGCUCUUCAUCGUUGCUGACAACACGCUGUUCAGGAACCAGAACCUCAACCUGGGCCACACCAAGCAGCGAAUCGUGGAGAUCGCAAACUACGUGGACAAGUUUUACAGGUCGCUGAACAUCAAGGUGGCCCUGAUCGGCCUGGAGGUGUGGACGGAGCGGGACCAGUGCGCCGUGACCAGCGACGCCAACGCCACGCUCUGGUCCUUCCUGCAGUGGAAGAAGGCUCUGAGGGCUCGCAAGAAGCACGACAACGCCCAGCUGCUGACCGGGAAGACGUUCAGGGGCACGACCAUCGGCAUGGCCCCGCUGGAGGGGAUGUGCAGCGCGGACAACUCCGGGGGUGUCAGCAUGGACCACUCGGAGCACCCCAUCGGAGCCGCCGCCACCAUGGCCCACGAGAUCGGUCACAACUUCGGCAUGAGCCACGACAACCAGGGCUGCUGCGUGGAGGCCACCCCGGAGCAGGGCGGCUGCGUGAUGGCAGCGGCCACCGGCCACCCCUUCCCGCGCGUCUUCAGCUCCUGCAGCAAGAGGCAGCUGGAGAACUACUUCCAGAAGGGAGGCGGCAUGUGUCUCUUCAACCUGCCCGACACCAAGGACCUGGUGGUGGGCCGCAAGUGCGGCAACGGCUUCCUGGAGGACGGAGAGGACUGUGACUGUGGGGAGGUGGAGGAGUGCACCAACCCCUGCUGCAACGCGCACAACUGCACGCUGAAGAUGGGGGCCCAGUGUGCCCACGGAGACUGCUGCCAGAACUGCAGGCUGAAGGUGGCUGGGACGACCUGCAGGGAAGCAGCAGGAUCCUGUGACCUCCCCGAAUACUGCACGGGCGCCUCGCCCUACUGCCCGGCCAACGUGUACCUGCUGGACGGCUCGUCCUGCGCCUACGGCGAGGCGUACUGCAACAACGGCAUGUGCAUGACCCACCACCAGCAGUGUGUCCAGCUCUGGGGGCCAGGUGCCUGGCCAGCCCCGGACGCCUGUUUCCAGGACGUGAACAUGGCCGGCAACACCUACGGCAACUGCGGCAAGGACAGCCAAGGGCGCUACGUCAAGUGCGACAAGAGGGAUGCCAUGUGCGGCAAGAUCCAGUGCCAGAGCUCGGCGAAGAAGCCCCAGGGGACCAACACCGUCUCCAUCGACACCACCAUCCGCUUCAACGGGCGGGAGGUGAAGUGCCGGGGCACCUACAUGUACACCGCCAAGGACGACGAGGAAGACCUCUCUGACCCCGGGCUGGUGAUGACGGGGACGAAAUGUGGGGAUGGGAUGGUUUGCAAAGACCGCCGGUGCCAGAAUGCCUCCCUUUUUGAGCUGGAAAAGUGUGUUUCUCAGUGCAAUGGCCAUGGGGUCUGCAACAGCAACAAGAACUGCCACUGCAACGCUGGCUGGGCUCCCCCCUACUGCGAGAAGCCAGGCUUGGGCGGCAGCGUGGACAGCGGCCCCGUGCAACACGACAAUCAUGAAGCCAUCUUAAUAACUCUUCUGCUCAUCUUCCUGCUCUUCCUCCCGGCCCUGGUGAUGAGCAUCUACUUCUGGUACCGGCGGGAGAACUCGCUCCUGAAUAAAUGGAUCAAGGAGAUGAGGAGGAGGAGCCAGGAGACGUACCGGAACAAAGCCUUUGGUCGGAAGGCAACCAGUGGCCACUCCAAAGCUGCUUUCACCUUGCGGGACAUUUCCACCUCCAGUCACACUAACAAAGCAUCGCGGGCUGCGUUCCCUCCCAAACCCAGCGCUCACCAUCCCGGCCCCCAGCCCGUCAACAUCGUCCACCCGCUUCGUCCCCCGCCUCACUCCAUCCCCCCGCGCCCGAGGGACCCCAAGCCUGCCAGGCCACCUCUGCCAGCCAGCAAAUCGCCCACGGUCCCCACCAAAGCGGUCGUCUCCCAAGCUAAACUGCCUCCUCCGAAGAAACCUCUUCCCUGCAGCCCCGUGAGGACCCCGCUGGUCGGCCCAAAGCACCAGCCGCCUCGUCGGCCGCUGCCUGGAAGUCCUCUUCUGGUCAAAGAGCUGCCUCCUGCACACGGGCAGACCCUGCUGGUCAUGGUCCCUCCUACCAACUUCAAGGCAUCGGGCACAAGCGCCACGAGCCACUCUACGAGGCCGUUCAAGCCGAUGCCACCUCAAAGGCCAGUCCCAGCCAUCAAAGUCCAAUCCACCUCCUUCCCCUCGAAGAAGUGAAAACCAAGGACACCUUAAGCCCAUCCUCCCUGAGCUGGCUCUCCUGAUUUGCACUGCUGCUGGCGACAGGGGUCUUUUAUUCCUCUCUUGUUUUAUUUUAUUUUUUUUUUUGAUACCAGAGGACUAUUUUUAUAGGACAGAACAAGUACUCAGCACACAAACUGUGGUGGCAGGGGGAGGAGAGGGGAAAAUUGUCACCGUGAUACAACUAAGGGUUGCAGUGGGCUGGUGGUGGGGGCACCACGGUGGGACCUCCACCACAGCUCCAGGGAUCUCCUCCUUGCCAGGUUCCCCCCCAGCUUUAAUUCUUCCUGACAUUGCACACGGGCUGGGUCGGGGUGCCCAGGGGGUCCAUCCAACACCAAGAUGCUGACGACGGUGGCAGCACAAGCUGUGUAAUAUCCUCCUAGCUACCUCCUCCUUCUCCUCCGGGCCUGGUGACAUCCCCUGCCACCCACUGCCACCAGAGUUCAAUGCUGGGCAUUGUCUCCGGGGAGACUUUUGCCUUCAGAGAAGAGUGGUUUCCAGUACGGACUGUGCCAUACAGUGCUGGGGCAUGACCACGAAGGCUCCACGUUCUCCGGCUCCUCCAGGCCCCCUCCAAGAAAACCCAGUGACGAUCCCGGGGCCGUACCUGGAAGGAGAAGCCACCUGAGAAAUGGUUUGAUGUCCACGGCGCUGGUGGCAAGCUGGCUACCAUGGUGCUUUCGAGGGGCUUGGGAGCCCUUCAAAAACGUUGCAGGCCCUGAAGUGGCUUUGUGAGCUGCUAUCACUGCUGUUCCCCAGGGGGACGGAGCCACGAGCCAGGAACGAGAGCAGGAAGGCCUCCUGCCCGUGUUGUCGGCUUGCCCAAAGGCCUCGGCCGAGCCGUUGCAUUUCUCUGUGCCUCAGUUUCCCCCCGGUUGUAAAACGGGGGGCUAAUAUACCUACCUCACAGGGGUGUUGUGAGGUUUAGCAAACCGGUGUCUCGACAGGGCUUUACAAUCCUCAGACGAAAGGUGCUGUUGACCCCGCACGGGACCACUCCGUGCCGCUUCCCCGUGACUUGACGCGCGGCUGUCAGGGUGUGAAACGAGAAUGAUGCCUUUGUACAGCG